CGAAAACUCAAAGAAAUUAAAAUGAAACAUAGUGUGCUAUUAUUAAGCUUAGGUUUUUGUUUAUUUGGGACCUUAUAUGCAUCAGUUUCCGAAGAUGAGUAUCCUCAAGUUCGAAUUACCGAUGGUAUUUUAAACGGAGCAUAUUUGACAACGGUAAAUAAUAGAAAAAUUAGUGGAUUUACGGGAAUUCCUUUCGCCAAACCACCUCUUGGAAACCUAAGAUUUCAGGCUCCUCGGCCAAAUGAUCCUUGGACAGGAGAAAGAAAUGCUACAGGAGCUCACGCAGAAUGUCCUCAACGCAAUACUUACCUAAGGUCUGAAGUGAUUUCUGGAGAAGAAGAUUGUUUAUAUUUAAAUGUGUAUACUCCGAAGUUAUCAGGUUUUGAAAAUGGUCUUUUACCAGUAAUGUUUUGGAUCCAUGGUGGAGGUUUGCUAUGUGGUAGUGGCAAUAUAAAUCAGCAUAAUCCUGCUAUCCUAUUAGACAAGGAUAUUGUUUUAGUAUCCACAAAUUAUAGAUUAGGUCCAUUGGGAUUUUUGGCUACUGGUGAUGAUAUAGCUCCAGGUAAUAACGGUCUUAAAGAUCAAGCAAUGGCUUUGAAUUGGGUAAAAAAGAAUAUUGCAAAAUUUGGUGGCGAUCCCGAUCAAGUAACAAUAUUCGGCCAAUCAGCUGGUGCGACAAGCGUAGAUUUUCACAUUAUUUCUCCUUUAAGUAAAGGCUUGUUUAAACAAGCGAUUAGCGAGAGCGGGACAACUCUUUGUGGUUGGACGCUUAGCGAAAAUAAUGAAACAAUAAAUAAUACCAACAAAUUAGCCAAAGCUCUCAAUUGCCCGACGGAUUCCAGUAAAGACAUGGUAGAUUGUCUCAGGAAAAUCGAUGCUCGAAAAAUAAUAGAACAAGAUAAAAUAUUUGAGUUUUGGCACUUUGAUCCAAUGAUUCCAUUCAAACCAGUGGUCGAGCCAAAAACCACAAAAAAUCCGUUUCUUUCCGACCAUCCUUUAAACAUAAUGAAAUCUGGAGGAGGUAUGGAUGUUCCUAUGAUAAUUGGACUUAAUUCAGAAGACGGCGCUAUUAAAACGGCAGGAAUCAAGGGUGGAAAUCUUUUGGACGAAUUUGCAGAAAACAUUGACGAAAUCCUUCCAGUGUCUUUAUUUUAUGGCAGGACAGAAAUAGAGUAUAAAAAGAUUACAGACGAAAUUAAGAAAUUUUAUUUCCAAGGUAAAAAGAUUCAAGAUUCCUUAAAAGAGAUUACUGAUGUAUACACCGACGGUUGGUUUUUGAAUUGUCUUGAAACCACUGCUCGAUUACGGACUAAAUAUUACAGGAAACCUGUGUACUUUUAUCUUUUUUCAUACCGAGGUGGUUCCAGUUUGUCUAAAGUAUUUGGAAGCAAUGAAAACUUCGGAAUUAUUCACGGAGAUGAAAUGCUGUAUUUAUUUCCAUUCGGUUUUGUACCUACAGAAAAAGAUAAAGAAAUGUCUCUAAUAAUGACUUCACUCUGGACCAAUUUUGCUUAUUUUGGAAAUCCUACACCGGAUAAAUUUGAGUUAAUUGAUGACAAAUGGAGUUCUUAUACUUUAGAAAACGGGGAAUAUUUUCAAAUUGACAAUGUGUCAGAAACGAAGAGGCAUAUUUUUAAACAAAGAGCUGAUUUUUGGAGAGCCCUCCUAAACAAUCCACUUCUUGAAAGCGAUGAUAAUAAAAAGGAUGAAUUGUAG